AGGUGGCGGAAAUACGUCAGUUAUGUGGGUUCUCUGAAGCUUGACUGCGUCUCUUAAUUUCGGAUGAAGGGAAUGAGAGGGGGGAGAAGAGGAGAUUUUAAUCACUCCUGUCGCUUUAAGGACACUUAUCAAAGCCUUAUUAUGCGAAUAGAAAAUACCACUGAGCAACUGAGCUGCCAAGGGACGGACUAGAGUGGAUUUAUAGGAAACUCUACAUUAUCUGAACUGGAAUAGACCGCUUCAUCGCCUCAUGGAGUUUGAUCGCACACUGGAUGCUUGUCUUUUUCGGACGCUUCGGGUCAUUUAGGAAAUAUUGCGCAUAAGUAGCGCUCAGACUUGGGAUCCUUUUUCUUUUCUCUUUUUUUUUUUUUCCUUCUUCUUUUUGCUCCUGAAGCGCAGAGAGGAAUAUUAUGGCUUAAAAGUCAUCUGCCACGGGAUUAUUCACUCCUCCGACAGCCCCACGACCGAUCCGCGCUCGUUCGGCGAGGCGUUCGGUUUCGGACGGAGAGAGUCUCCGGAGCUCUUUUUCUCUUGACAGCCGCGGAUCAUGGAUCGGCUCGGUGGGAAAACAACAGCGGCCAGCGACACGGUUCCUCCGCGCCGUCUGCGGCACGCAGCGAGCUCCGGCUUCCACCUCGCGCCUCAUUAUCGCCGCGCAGCAAAAGUUGCGAAGCGGGUGUAAUGCGUGGAUUUGUCACAGUUUGGCCGUUUUGCACCUGCUUUCGCCGCGUCGACACGUUCGGCGGCGGAAUAGCGUCGCUCCGCUCUGCCCCUCCAACGCCUCCGUGGGAUACUUGAACAUUUUUCUUUUUUUUUUCUCUCUCUCUCUCUGCUUUAUCUUUAAUGGAGAUUGAAGGGGUUUCCACUCAAGGUCAUUGAGUGUUGCGAGGCUGUGUUUUGCGUUUUGUUAUUUUUCAGGCGCUCUCUCGCGCGCGCACACGGCGCUGCCUUUCCUCGCGUGAUAGCGCAGCGCAUAAUCGUCGGUCCGGCGCGCGUUAUUACUCGUUGCCGCGCGGCGCGAGCGGCACGUACUGUGGAGUUAUAUUUCUAUUCCUCCACCCCCCCACCCCUCCUCGCCCCCCUCCCCCCCCCGCCGCCCCGCAGCAUGGAUGGGAAGCUGAAGCAGGGUCGGAGAUGCCGGGCCAAGCGGGAGAGGGUGCGGAGGCUGCGGGAGGCGGGGAGCAGAGACGCCCGCAGCCCCGACCCCAACUCCUCCUGCUCCGACAGGGAGGGACACAGUCCGGGGAGGGACGCCGCUAAGAAGGCGCCGCGCCCCGCCGCCGCCGCCAGAGCCCCCCGGCCCCCCCGCCGGAAGAGACGGGAGUCCAGCUCGCAGGAGGAGGACAUCAUUGAUGGAUUUGCUAUCGCCAGCUUCAUCAGCCUGGACCGUCUGGAGAAGAAGACCGGAGUCGUGAAGACGCAGGAGAAGAAGGAGCGGUGGAAGGAGAAGAAGGUGGCGAAGCGGCAGAAGAAGGAGGACGAGGAGGUGGUGGAGGAGGAGGAGAAUGUCCAGCCGGUGGUGGACCCCCUGGAGAACGGCUUCCUGCACCACGCCCAGCGGGAGCAGGAGAGGAUGAACGAGCGGCUGCUGAAGAGGACCUACUCCAAGAAGAACAAAAUGAUCAAACCUCUGGCACUGCGUCCGGUGAAAGUCAGCGAAGACGAGCCGGUGCAGGAGCUCGGUCGACCGCACAGGAGCAACUCCAAGGAGCAGCUUAGCGAGACUUCCACUCACUCGCUGUCAGGCCGCGGCUACUCGAGUACUGCCAAGGUCAGAGAGGGAAACUCUGAAGAAUGUCCCAGGAUUUGUCUAAAUCAUGAGGUGCAGCCAGCAGCAGUGGCCCUCCUCAAGUGUGACAGCGAGAGUGACAUUGACGACAAGGUGUCUGAUGUAGGAUCGGAGAAGCUCUUUUCCCCCACCACACCCAAAGGUGUCCCAACGAAUGAAAGUCCCGAGUCCAAGCCUUCAGCCAAGGUCUCAGGGCUCCAUCGCAGCCAGGAGCAGAGCAUCAGCGAGGUGCCCUUCGCGCCUCCCGUGCCAAGCCCCACCCCGGCUUCGGCACCGACGGGCUCCCCGGCCCCCGCGGCGGCGGCGGCACCCCCAGAGCCACCCCGGUCGCGCCUGCCCACCCCGCCGCCUCUCAGCGUCAAGAAGGAGCCGCCACCUCCGCCCCCGGCCCCCACUCCUCCCCUGCUGAGGGCGCCCCCCCACCCCCAGCUCCAGCUCCACCCUCCCCACCCGCUCGUGCACCAGGAGCCCCGUGUCCUCCCGCCCCCGCAGCACCACCCGCGGCCGGUUUCCCUGAGCCACCCGCUGCACCACCCGCUGCAGUACGGCGCUCUGCACGACAUCAGCCACAGCAGCAGUCCGGUGGGUCUCCCCAAGCAGCACUUGCCUCCAUCCCCUCACCACCACCACCACCACCACCUCAGUGGGCUCCCGGCCUCGGCCCCCGCCUUGCCUCUGUCCAUAGCCAACCUCUCUACCUCGCACUAUUCCUCCCUCCGGAGCCCGGCCCAUCGCCAUUCGGCCAUGUUUGCAACCCCAGCCACACUGCCGCCACCACCGACCUUACCAACCAACAGCUUAGUGGUGCCCGGGCACCCCGCCGGCACCCCCUACCCAGAGCAUGACCUCCUGAGGCAGGAGCUGAACAACCGCUUCCUGGUUCAGAGUUCAGAGCGGGGCCGGGGGCCGUCCGCCUCGCCGCUGGCCCCUGUGUCACUCCUGAGGGCCGAGUUUCACCAACAUCAGCACAUGCACCAGCACCAACACACCCACCAGCACACCUUCACGCCCUUCCCCGCCAGUCUGCCCCCGGCCGCCAUCCUCACCCCGCCCACCGCACCCCCCAUGGUGCGUACCCAAGCCAGAAAUUUCGACAAAUACACCCCCAAGCUGGACAAUCCCUUCAUCAGACAUUCAAACUUCUUCCCCUCCUAUCCCCCGACCAUGCCAGGCAUGCCCCCGCUGCUCCCACACUCAGGACCCUUCAGCUCGCUGCAAGGAGCCUUCCAGCCCAAGGCGUCUAAUCCCAUCGACGUGGCAGCGCGUCCCGGAGCCGUACCUCACACACUCCUACAGAAAGAUCCACGGAUAACAGAUCCAUUCAGGACAUCUGUCAGGAAACCUGGCAAGUGGUGCGCAGUGCAUGUCCAGAUCGCGUGGCAGAUCUACCACCACCAGCAGAAAAUGAAGCAAAUGCAGGUGGACCCUCACAAGCUGGACAUGAACGGGAAGCUGGACCUGUUCAGCCGCCCUCCAGCCCCGGGGGUCUUCCCAGGGUUCCCGUACCCCCACGACCUGGCGCGACCCCUCUUCUCGUCCACAGGCUCUGGACACCCGGCUCCAUCCCCGUACGGCCCGGCCCCCCACCCCAGCGGCUUCCUGCCUCCGAGCCAUUUGGCAGGUAAGUAUCCUUUCAGUCGCUCCAGUUCCUUUGGCGGCCUCGGCAACCUUUCAAGCAGUGCCUUCGGAGGAUUAGGCAACCCCUCGCUUGGGUCCAACAGUGUGUUUGGCACCAAGGAGGGGCCAGGAGGACUGCCCACGUUUGGCAGCCCCCACCACGACACCUGGAACCGGCUGCGGCGCACCCCGCCGUCCUUCCCCACCCCGCCGCAGUGGCCCAAAUCCACGGACGCCGAGAGGAGCAGCUCGGCCAACAGCCACGAGAGAGAGCGAGAGAGGGAGCGAGAGCGGGAGAGAGAGCGGGAGAGGGAGAGAGAGAAGAGAGACUCGUCUAUCGGCAAAGAGGAGAAAGAUAAGGACAGGGAUUCUGUGGAUCGUAACCGCCACUCCAACCGUUCUUCUCCCGCCUCGGCUCCGGUCAGCUACCAGAUCAGCAGCCUGAUUCGCUCCAACAGCCAGAACUCCAGCGAUUCGGGUCGCCAUCACAGCGGCAGCGUAGACCGGGUCCGAGAGGCGGAGAAGGAGCUGCUGGAGCGCCACCGGGAGUCUUCCACGUUGGCGGACGUGAAGGUGAAGGAGAGUCGCUCGCCGGGCAAAGAGAUGCUGGAGAGGAGACCGUCGGAAGACUCCAUCAAGCCGGCUCAGCGGUCUCCGUCUCCGUACUCCAAGGCGGUGAUCAGCGAGCAAGGCAUGAAGAUGGCUGGCGUGCCUCCUUCGGCCAUCAAGGACAACGACAGGAAAGAGCCGCCGCCCGCGGAUCUCCUGCACAAGGUGAAGAACGACAUGAAGAUCAAGGAGGAGAGGAAGGAGGAGCAGGAGGUGAUGGUGGUGAGUUCGGAGCCGGCCCCCCAACCGCCCAUCCAGGUCCUGUCCGCUCCCACCAGCCAGCCGGGGAACCCUCACCACCACCAUCCGCCUCUGUCCCAGCAGCCCCCGCUCCCCUCGCCCCGUGGCAGCGACAUCCCGGCGCCCGGCCUGCACGGCGUGCCCAUGGCGCACUCCCUGCCGCUCUCCAUGAGCGCCAUGCCCCAGAUGGGCAGCCUCAACGUGCUGGACCGCGCCCGCAUGGCCCCGUUCAUGGGCGUGAGCCCCCUGGCGGGACGGGAGCGCCUCCCCCACACGGCCUUCCCCUGGGACCCGCUGAGAGAGGCGUACCGCAGUCUGGACCUGCAGCGGCGCAUGGACUUCCAGCUGCGGGCCGAGCAGGGCCACCGCUUCCCCAGCGUGUACGAGCAGGAGCGGGCCUACCGCGAGCGGGAGGCGCACGACUACUCCCACCACGAGCACCUGCUGGAGGUGCGGCGGGAACACGAGCGCAUGCGGCAGCAGGCGGAGGAGCGGGAGCGCCUCCACCUGAGGGAGGAGCUGGACCGAGCGCGCCUCCAUCAGCUGCACCAGUCCCCCAUGGAGGGCCACCUGCCCCACAUGCCCCCCUUCAUGCCCCACCUGGGCGGCAUGCCGUACCCCAGACUCAGCCCCUCCACGGGACACAACGGCCCCCUGAACAGAACACCGCCCACCGCCGCGCUCAGCGCCCCCCCUCCCCUCGUCCCAGCCGGCAGUGCCAGGCCGUCGUCGCCCCGGAGGACUACCCCCCUCACCACAACCCAGGACCCGAGGGACUACUCCCCAUCUCGCAACCCCAAAGAGGUAGAGGCUCGGUAGCUUCUUGGAAAAAAAGUGCACAAAGUCUUACUGGGCGCUGGUAGUUGUGAACGAAAUGCACUGCUCUUCACCAGAGAGGAGCACAACUCCCUAAGGGAAAGGGUAUGAUUGUACAAGUUCUAGUGGACUGAAGGUUGAAUAAUGUCGGCAAAGAGAACACAAAUAUGUGUACGUUUAUUUCCGACUUAAAUAUUUGAUAAUUAUUAAUAUAUUAAUCCAAUACUUUUUUCAGCUUUGUGCGAAAAGAGAGACCCUGAAAUGAGUUUGUACAUUUCCUAUACUUGUUCCAUGUAUAGAUAUCAUUUCUAUGAAUUUUAUGUAUUUUGUGCAUUAGUCACGCCUUUUACAAUAUUUAUCCCAGUUGAUUGUGAGACAUAUCCCUUAUGAUCCACUGUAAAGACUGGAUUUUGGUUUCAACCUUUCAGUAAUUUAACCUCAUGGUACCAGGAUAUCCUCAGCAAUGACGACGUACAAUGCUACAUUACCUAUUUGUUUUAUUUGUUUUGCCUUUGAGAUAUGCAGAUAAAUAUAUAUUAUGAGGUCUUUGUUCAAUCUCUGUAAAGAAAACAGAUGUAAAUAAUUUGUUGAUAUUCCUUCUCUGCAAGGUUUCCAUGUAAAUUUAUUAGGCUUUUUAACCAUUUCUACAAAAAAAAAGAAAAAAAAAGAAAAAAACAAAACAAAAUGAAAUGAAACGUGGGGAAAGACUUGCCUGUUGGUUGGAGAGAAGGCUGGCCAAUGAAUGGGAAGCAUGGAGAGAGGGUGUUGUCCGGAGGCUCUCGAUGGAUCAUCUGCAAUCUAUGCAAAGCAGCACACAGCACCCGAACGAGGAAACCACGCGGAGGAAGCAGACAUUACUGGUAAUGAUGAAAGAAACUUGGAGUAACCCAUGUUUAUACUCACCGAUGGAAUUACUGAAAGACUUCCAAGUCACAAACUGGACCAGCCCCAGAGACAGAGAGCGGAGGACACUUUUCAGUGGACGGCGAAGGGACUUUAUCUGUCAACCUUGUGGUGUUGUGCAGUUGUUUUUCUUAGACUCUUGUAUACAAAACAAGUAGAGUUUUAGGCGUGCAAAAAAAAUUACAAUGAACAUUCAUGGUUUAAAAUGUACGGAAUAAAGUUUGGACCUAAUGUCAAA